CAUCGUUUAAAUGAAAGCUUUCCCCUCCCAUAAAUCUUAAUAGCAUACAUUCGCAGUACAAAUCACACUAAGUGACAGGCGCUGAGGCCUGUGAGAGUUUAAAAAAUCAUUUAUGUGUUUGUGGUCGUUUGACCUUGACGUCAUGGUGUCUCUGUGAAACCAGAGCAGACACUGAACUGGAUCCAGUUUAUCUUUUAAAGUAGACUCUGGUGUGAAGCCAGGAUCCUGCAGCCAGAGCCUGAUGGGAGUGGGAAGUCCCGUCAGGCUGUGCUGCAGCUCUCAUGAGCGCUGCAUGGUUUCCUUUUAUUACCGGGGCCAGAGGUCUGGAGACUGGACUUUAUCUGUCAGUGCUUCACUGUGAUUUCGACUCGUCCUGACCGCUGGAUCACGAUGUUCCAGCUCCCAUCAGAUUUUACGCACACAUCACUGAGGCAAAGCGUCAGGGAAAGUCUGUUGGUGGCAUUUUUCUCUUCUUAAACACAAAUCAGCAGGUGUGACAGUGCCAGCUUGGUGAAAAAAAAAUUAUUUCUAAAGUAAUUAUUGCUCCUGGCGACACCGUGGACGCGUUGUGCCAAAAUGUUUCCGCAGUUUCCCUGGCGGCGCGCCUGCCCCUCGGUUUCCAAGCCAGGAUUGAGGACUGUUUGCCUGCCGCAGCGCUCCCAGCAUUUCACUGGAUUAUAACAGAGGAGAGUGACCUGUCAACCGGAGGAGUUGUCUCAUUUUGUCUUCUCAUAAUCUGCUUGUCAUCUUUUACGAGAAGCAGUCGAGGUCAUUAGACAGAAACGCUUUUUACGCAUUUUGGCACAGAGCGUACCGGGGAGCGCGCAGUGAUGUCGCGGCGGACCCGCGUCCUCCUCCUGCUGCUGCUGCACCUGGCUGGACUCCUGCUGGGCUGGCCAGCUGAAGCGGUCCGGGUACGGAAAAAGGCCACCAGAACCCGGUCUUGCAUGGACCUACCGGAGGAGAUCUUGGAGCAGAUGUUCGGGCGUCUCUCGGUGGGAGUAAUGAGCGCUUUCCACCAUGCCCUGCAGCUGGAGCCACAGGACAAACUCAACCUGACCUGCCCGAACACCGCACGGUCCCCGACCGACCGUAAGACCCGCCUCCCGGUCAACCUGCUCAGCAUCUCGCCCUGGGCCUACAGGAUCUCCUACGACCCGACCAGGUAUCCCCGCAACAUCCCCGAGGCUUACUGCCUGUGUAAGGGCUGCCUGAUCGGACCGCACCGUGCGGAGAGCGACCAGCACCGCAGCACUCCGGUCUACGCUCCGUCCGUCAUCCUGAAGAGAACCGGCUCCUGCGUCGGCGGCCGUCACUCGUACACCGAGAUCUACGUCUCCAUCGCGGUGGGGUGCACCUGUGUGCCGCUGCUGGAGAAGGAGCGGAGCGGCCAGAGAGGCAACCAGAGCCUGGAGAGAGCGGAGCCCAAAGCCGGACGCCUCAUCUCUGCGGGCAAGAAAGUAUGAAUCCGGUUUCCUACACCUUGAUUUGUGGGUUUUUGUUGUUUGCCCCACUGACACCACUCUCCUGUAACUGUCCCUGAACAAGCACACACUGAACACUGAGGUGAUGGAGGUCUACAAAGCUCCUGUAGACUGAUCCACAUCCAGAAAAACGAGGACUGUUUUUAGUCUUAAAUCAUUUGGGAUUUGGUUCACUUUCAUCGUUGGCUUGUUUGUGAUGUCCUUUGGACUUGACAAAGAAUUUUUGACAAGGAUACAAAACCCAACUAAGACUAAUGUGUGGGCUGGGAGGAAUUCAGAGAAGGGGUCGGUUCAGCCAAAGUACAGAAAACAUAUUUCACUUGACCUUCUGAAUCUACUCAUGCAGAUAAUUUGAUUUUUAUUUACUCAAGUCUUGAGAAAUUCAUCUGAGAUUUGAGCAUAAAUCCCAUAAACCGGGACAAAAAGAACAUCUAUCUGCAUGGAGUGGGACAUAAACAUGUUGAUUUGUAACUUGGGUGGACCAACCAUUAUCAAAGCAAAUAAAUAAUAGAAUAAAAAGCUUUCUUAUUAUGAUCAAUGACCUGAUCAAUGCUGCCACCUACCGACAGAAGACACAACUGCAAGUUGCGUGGUAG